AUGGAGGACCACGCUACUUGGCGUUCAGCCAUUCCUGGCUCCCCAAUUCUCUCUUCUGAGGAAGACACCACUGGCUUUGACAAUGAGCCCACCAGUGCCAACAAUGCUACCCAAUCUAGACCCUCACAUUUGCACUCUCACGCAACUCUUGAAAUUCUCCAGGCGCACCUGGACGCUGACGCUGACUCUGACUCUUCCGAAGCUUCUGGACCGCGGGUGCACCCCGACUUCUUCGUCCAUCUUGAAAAUCUACGAAGGGUCAACGAAGCCAAUCGAGUAAAUGCUCGCAGGGAGGCCGAAGCCCGGCAUCAGGCUUCUCUGAUGCUCAACCAAUCCCAGUAUGAAGCUUCUCACAUGCUCGACGAGUCCCAACAUGAAGCUUCUCGCAUGCUCGCCGAGCCCCAACAUGAAGCUUCUCGCAUUCUCGACGAGCCCCAACAUGAAGCUUCUCGGAUGAUUAACGAAUCCAAUCACGAAAGUUCGCAAUUUGCCAAUGAAUUCAACCAACCUUCGUACCAUGCCGGUGCCGAACAUGGAUUGCAGCCAUCGGCAAUGGGCGUGCGUGAGCAAUAUGAAACCGAAGAUUCCACUCCAGCCGGACCAUUUCAGCCGAUGCCACAUGUUCGUUUUGAGACACCUAAUUCCGCGGGCCAUGUUCAACCCAGGGACCAUUCUCAUCACCAUAGGCCUCCUUCUCCCUACCCUACUGCGGGUCGGCGCCAACCUGCUUUUCCGAACCACACGGCAACCCCUUCCACGACAGCACCCCAGCCACAUGGAUAUACAGAACACGGAAACCCUUACAGACUCCCAUUUGAGCCGGCUCCGUUUCCUGAGGAUGCCAUCCAUUAUGACUCGGAACGCAUCCUCCAAGCAUGGCUCAUCCGGCAGCAGCUUAUUGCCGGCGUGCGUCCGGAAGAUAUUCAGCCCAUGGCACAAUCAGAAGGAAGACGACACCGAACCCCUCCUUACAUCCUGCUGAAUGACAGCGGUGCCCAUAUCAUAAGAGUUGAUCCAGCCAGGUUCGAGGGUGCCAUGCUUCCUCUCCCCGCCCUUCCUUGGCUGCCGCGGCGCCCAAAUCAUAACUCACCCACUGCGCCUGUUUCAUCGAACACACUCGAUGGGUCGGGUCCACCCACUGCUCCAGAUUCAGCGAAUACUCUAAACUCGCCGGCUGCCCCAAAUCCGCUGGCUACCACGAACUCGCCAGUCCCUUCACACCUGCCAGCUGCUGCAACCCUCCCAGCCGAUCCAAACUCAGCUAAUGUCCACAACUCGCCGGUCACCCCAGACCCGUCGGCUGCUCAAAAUGUACCGGUUGCCCCAAGUCAGCCAGCUGCCCUAAACCCGCCGGCUGGUUCACACCUGCAAGCUGCGGCAACCCUUCUGGCUGCUCUAAGCCCGCCGGAAUCUCCAACCAUCCCGGCUGAUCCAAGCCCAGCUAGUACCCUAAACUACCUGGUCUCCCCGAGUCCGUCAGCAGCCACAAGCUCGCCGGCUGGUUCACACCUGCAAGCUGCGGCAACCCUCCUGGCUGCUCUAACCCCGCCGGCUGCUCCUGCCUUGCCAGAUAACUCCAAUGUUGUUUCGGACCCAACUUUUGUGCCAGAACAAAGUCCAGAAGAUCCAAAUGAACACGUUGCGGAAAGUGUAUACCCAGAUCCGCGUAUGGUGGCCUUCUUCCAACCUCUUCGGCUGCAUGAACCUGCUAAUUCAGUCUCAGCUUCUGUGUCGGAUCUACGUCCAGAAAGACCAAGCAUUUCUGAGCCUGGUUCCAACGAGAACAGCCAAACUCCCGGGGCUACCCUCCAUUCGCAGUUGCAGGCCAGCAUGUCCUUGGCUGUGCAAAACCGUACCGAUACUGAUUCUAUCAGCUCCCAGGAAGUUCCUGGGGUCGAGGUGCCUCCCACCCAUUUGCAAGGCCGAGAUUCCUUGACUCUAUCUUCUUUGUCAAAUGAAGGAACUGAGACCGGUCACGUUUCUUCCACCCAGGCUCCCCAUGGCAAUGGGGUUUUGCAUCACACAGUCACCUGGUCAGAGCCCGAGGACACCGAAGAGUCCGCCGCGUCUCGUGUCCGUCGUUUCUUCAUCGAUGGAGUAGAUGAAUCGCCGAGGUGGCGCCGCUUGUCUGGGGAGGUUAAGGCUGCCGGUGAUCAAUCCUCCUUGGGAGGGUUGAUGUGA